UGUGUAAAUGUUAAAGGGGGAGGAGGGGGUAAUCAAAAUAGGCUCUACUUGUUGUUAUCGAGUCCAAGUGUCGCUGUGUUGGCACUGGCUUUGAGCUCCAAGAUUGUUUUUAAAUAUAUCAGAACCAAGACACUCGUUGAACCACAGCUCUUGCUUGACUUUGAUGAAUUGUUCAAUUUAUUUGUACAGUACACAUAAUUUACGUACAAUUCAUUUCAAUUUGUAGUAUUUUAUGUAAGAAUAUUGUGUGAAUAUACUUUAAGAGCUCAGCAUUCUCAAAGUACAGAGGCUACCUGGCUACGACUUAUUUAUGACCUAAGACUUACCAAGUUGUUAGUGACCUAAGACUUACCAACUUAGUUAAAGAUCAUUUACUUACUACUCCAAACCUCCCGCAGGACGACGGGGAAUGGGAGCGGGCCAGAUUUGAGUCCGGGACCAUCGAUGUCUGAACGACAGUCCAGCGCGCAAACCGCACGACCAGGCAGCUCUAGUCCGAUAACCAAUGACACACACAAUACUAAUGGAGAAAUUAUAUAUAGAUCUACUAUAUUUUUACAAAGCUAAUAUUGACUAACUCUGUCAGGUACCUCAUGGAAGUUAACAUGCCCACAGCGGAUAAAAACGCUUUGAUUCAACAACAGCAAGCUCUAUUUAAAAAAAACCUGCUAGAAAAUAGUUUAAACUAUAAGCUUAAGAAACAUCAAAGUAAUUGCAUGAGACUGAAGGAAGAACCAACUCGAACUGUAAGCACUACUUCCACUUCACUUCAUCUGUUAGAUGACAACCUGGCAACAGUGCAGCACUGGCCAGAGAUGCAAAACAAAGACUCUAUAGAAAGCAAUAGUAAAGACCUUUCAACAUGUCAUCCAUCGUCUGCUGUUUUCGGCCAAACGGAGACAUCAGUUGUAUUGCCUUCUCAAAGAAAUGAAGAUGCAAUGUUGUGUCAAGAUAAUGCAACUUUUAAAAGUUACAACCAUGCUAUAGCAACACAUAGGUCUAAAUCGAACUUUGAGGACUUGAACAUAGACAAUUUUGUGGAUUCAGUCGAUAGAGUUAAAGUUAGAAAAAGAAAUGGAGUGUUUGAACCAUUUAAUAAAAACCACACCAGGAAACAAAAAGUUAGUUACCCACUUUGCAGGAGACAGCCAAGUGGGAGGCAUUACAAGACGUUUAUUUUGACAGGGGAGACAAUUACGGAAAUCCAAGUGAAAUCGGAUGGCAGGAAAAGUAGUGACAAGAGCAAAAGAGUUGACAAACUCAUUGAUGAAACUGUACAUCAGGAAAAAAAUGAUUUCGUCGACAUGGAUGACGAGCUCGCCUUUAGGCGUCCCGAAUAUAUUCCGUCCAAGCGUGACAUAAAUAGUGUUGGCCUGACUUGGCGUUUCCCAGCCAUUGAUCAGGAAACUACAAAAAGAGAACUUAAAAAGCCAGUCUGGAGCUGGUUGGUGACUCAGGAUAACUAUUGCAACAAAAUUUGUGAGAAAAAAAAUCUACAGAAUCAAGUUUUAGAUCUAAAAGGAAGGCAUUCAAAAGAUAUUCACCCGGUGGCCACUGCCAUGAAUCGCCAGGGCAUCAGCACCACAAGAGUUAAGUGGGCUGUUCCUCCCUGCAGAGCUAGCACUGUGGAUGUCUCUAGACUUAUCAUGGGUCGGCUGGAGCUUAUCAAAAGACCAAUGACUUGUCUUAUAAAUGAUUGACAAGAGUGAUUGACAGUCAUGAGUCAUGGUCAUAUGUUUAGGAUAGACAUUGUGCGUGUGUGCAUGAAUAGCCUAUAUAAUAGGCGUAUAAAAUAGUUCUAAUCUAUACGAUGUUUUAUUAUUACAAAUACAAAUAGGCCUAAUAGUUUUGUCAACAUAUGCAUAAAAUGUAUGAAUCGAGAUCUAGACAACAUGUAGGUUUCUAAAUUUAAGACUGACUGCUUAAUUGAUCCCUAAUUGAAAUGUGAUUACAUGGAUUUUUUUUAACUAGGCUACAUUAACAAAAAGAACAGACACAAGACUCAGAGAUGUCCAAUGACACACAGACGUCUUGAUCUUUUUUCACGUUCCCAAGGAGUAAAGAAUAAAAGAGUUUUUGUUGAGAAAAUACAAUAAACAUGCAUUUAGGUAACCUUGUCGGACCAAGGAAAAUGACGUUUGGGCCACGAGACCUUCAUAAGUUACAAUAGUCUACAAUAAAUAAGACAACACAAAAUAAGCUUAAGUUAACUAUUAGUUCUCUACGAAGGCGGAAAAGAGAUGAGCUGUAUGUUAAGCAUUAGAUGAUUAGAUUAGGUUGUUCGCUCAAAAUUGUAAACUAACAAUAGACUGCAAAAAAAAACUUCUAUUUUUACAAAGCUCAUAUCAACUCUUUCUGUCUGGUAAAAAGUUUGUACACCUUAUUUCUCCGACAAACAAUCUCAGAUCAAGCUAAAAUUUUGCACAAUUAUUUCUUUUACUUGACAACACAAGAAUUAAUUUAAAAAAAACAAUUAACCAAUUA